AUGUCUACCAUUUACAAUUUCAAGACGAUGACCGUCGUCCCGACGUACAAGGACUUUAUGGACAUUGUACUCUCUAAGACACAGCGUAAGACUCCUACUGUGGUGCAUAGGGGAUAUCAUAUUUCCCGUAUUCGUCAAUUCUAUAUGCGGAAGGUAAAGUUUACACAAAAGACGAUAAAUGAAAAACUGACCCAUGUUCUUGUGGAGUUUCCUCGAAUGGAUGAUAUUCACCCUUUUUAUGGCGACCUUAUGCACGUGCUUUAUGAUCGUGACCAUUACAAGGUGGCUCUAGGUCAAGUGGGAGCAGUACGUCACAUGGUGGAUAAUAUUGGGCGCGACUAUGUUCGUCUAUUAAAGUAUGGUGAUUCUCUCUAUCGAUGCAAGCAGCUAAAACGCGCCGCAUUGGGUCGUAUGGCAACUGCCUGCAAGAAACUCGCAAAUGCAAUGGUCUACUUGGAGAAGGUUCGUCAGCACAUGUCUCGACUCCCAUCUAUUGAUCCGAAUGCCCGAACAUUACUUGUGACGGGUUUCCCCAAUGUUGGAAAAUCAAGUUUCAUGAAUAAGGUAACCCGCGCAGAUGUAGAGGUGCAACCGUACGCCUUUACAACCAAAUCUCUCUUCGUUGGACACACCGAUUACAAGUAUGCUGGAUGGCAGGUGAUUGAUACUCCUGGUAUUCUUGAUCACUCCCUUGAAGAACGCAACGUCAUUGAAAUGCAAGCAAUUACUGCAUUGGCACAUCUCCGAGCUUGUAUUCUGUUUUUUAUGGACCUUAGCACCCAGUGCGGAUAUUCCAUUGCACAACAAGUUUCCCUAUUCAAGUCUAUUGGACCUUUAUUUACAGGAAAACCAGUGGUUGUCGUUUUUAAUAAAAGUGAUAUCUGUACCAUUGACGAUGUCUCACCAGAGGAACAUUCACUUAUCAUGGAAGCCAUUGAAGAGGCAGGGGCAAAAUGGAUUACAACCAGUACCUUAACAGAUGUUGGAGUAGGCGAUUUAAAAACAUUGGCCUGUGAUACCCUUUUAACACACCGAUCUGAACAGAAAGAAGGAAGUGGACGAUUCCAGGCUAUUCAAAAUCGUCUCUAUUGUGCUGUACCACAAAAACGUGAUAACGUGGAACGACCAGCUUUCAUUCCUCCAUCUUUGUUGAAUGACGAUGAGGAAAAUGACGGUUCUAGACCACCACGUGUACGUCGAAAGACGGAACGUGAUUAUGAAUGGGAGAAUGGAGGACCAGGACAGUACCAACCAAAUGAACGUAAAACUUGGGAUCUGGAGAAUCCGGAAUGGAAUGAUGAUAUUAUUCCUGAUAUCAUGGAUGGACAUAACAUUUAUGAUAAUAUUGACCCUGAUAUUCAUGAACGGUUAUUGGAGUUGGAGGCAGAAGAAGAAGCACGACUUCAAGAAAUGGAAAUUGAGGCUUCUAAAAAGCGUCCUCAAUAUGAGUUGGACGACAGCACUAUUGAAGCAGUUCGUUUUAUUAAAGACAAAAUUAAGGUUCUCAAAAUGCAGAAGGCACUUAAAAAUCCUGCCAUUCGCCGCACCCGAAAACAAUCUGAAGCUAUUGAGAGGUUUAAUAGCCGUACAGGUAGCCAAGCUUCACGCUCUGCCACACCAGCAGCUUCCGGCACUACAGCUGGUAAAAAGAGGGGUCGUUCAUUGUCUGUUGCACAAGAGGCAGUUAUGCGUGACCGUUCUGGUUCAACUCAUGUGUCCACUAAAGCAACACGUAGUAUUAGCGCUCGUUCUGCGAGCCGUGAGCGCUCACUGAGUGUUAGCCGAGGAGAAGGUUUCAGAGAUGUCAAUGAGAAGCUUCGCGCGGUGAAGUUGAGUAAGGUGAAGGCACGUCCACUCAACCAACAGGCCAAGAAGGGAGAGGGUGACCACCACGUACCAAACCUCCGCCCGAAACAUCUCUUCACUGGUAAAGUAAAAAUAAAUGGUAAACGUGACAGACGUUAA